CAAAGCGCAUCUUUUUAUAUUAUUAGCGCAGCGUCGUCCUAAAAAGGCAUAUUUUUAAGGAUUUAGUUUAAUUAAAUCAAACUUCAUGGACAUAGUUCCGGAGACAUGCCGAUUGUGUUUGUCGGCCAGCUCUCCCACAUUUCCUAUCUACGAACGUUUGAGUUUAGCGGAAAUAGUUGAGCUGCUACAAGACACUCUCGGUAUCCAGAUUUGUAAUUCUGGAGAGUACACUAAUGUAUGCAACGAAUGCGAAAUGAAGACCAAACUUUUGUACAACAUUUCAAACGACUUCCGAAGCUCAGAUAAAAUUUUUAGUUCCUUCCUGGAACAAAAACGUGCCUCGCAGGGAAUCCCAUUGUUAGAGGAAGCCAAAGAGCCAGUGAACGUCAUUAUUGAGGAAACAAAUUUUGUCGCAGAAAACGUAGCAUUAGAGAAUGACAACGAAGAACAAAAACCUAAUACUACCGAUUUGGAUCCCGUCUAUUGCAGUAGCGGUGAAGAAAUGGAUGAUGAUCAUGAAGAAGCUGAAACUUCCUUCCAAGAUCCUGAUUAUUCUAGUGAAAAUGAACAAAUAUCCGAUUCGAAAAUACUUGUAUGCUAUAUUUGCAAUGAGUUUUCCGGCAAUGAAGGAUUUCUGAACACUCAUUUAAAUGAAAAACACAACGAAUUGUCACCCUACUACUGUGAUAGAUGCCUGAUCGGACUGGAAAAUCUCUUAGCUAUAAAUAAUCACUAUCGAACGCACGAGUUCCCCUACGGUUGUCUUUUCUGUGAAGAUCAAUUUUCAGAAGAGAACGAUUUACGAAACCACCAGGAAACAUGUCUUGGCUACAAGUGUCCGCAUUGUUCAAGUCUUUUCAAGUUCUCGCAUCAUCUGAAGGAACACAAUUGCAAAGCUAGUAAGUCAGCACGAAUGUUUGGAAUAAACUCCAUGAUCGGCAGCCAUCGCAAUCAGCAUCACUUCAUUCCACAAGUAUGUGGAAUGUGUAAUGAGGACUUUGGUAAAAAUUGUCGCUUAGCUCAGCACUUCGAGCGAGAGCAUGGCAGCUUCCAAUUACACCUGUAUCGGUGCGACAUUUGUCCACGAAAGUUCACUGUCCUGUUGGCAGCCAGAAUCCAUCGGUUAAUCCACAAGAAGGAUAACGAAUUGAAACAACGAAAAAUUCCAGCAGUAGAGCGUAAUGACUGUACGAUUUGCUCGCGAGUAUUUAAAUUUAACAAAGAGUUGCUGGCCCAUAUGGAAUCGGAACAUGCCGAUGCGGGCGUAGAAUUCCAUCAGUGUUUAAAAUGCGAUAAAAAAUUUACCUCCGAAGCGAAAUUACUCAAACAUGAUUACAACACACAUCAAGGCAAACAGCCGCAAUUCUUUUGCUCUUUCUGUGGUCGUGUUUUCAACAAAAAGCUAGGACUGCGUGAUCACGAGAAUAUUCAUCGUGGAAUCAAGGAGUAUCAUUGCCUCGAUUGCAACAAGGAUUUCACUUACAAAAGUACCUACGAUCGGCAUAUGCAGGUCGUCCAUAGUGAUGCAAAACAGUUCACAUGUGAAUACUGCCACAAAAGUUUCAAGCGAAAGCCAACUUUGAAAGUACACUUACGAUUGCACACCGGGGAAAAACCGUACCAGUGCGAAUACUGCAGUCGGCGUUUUGUAGAUCCCAGUUCGUUUCAUAAGCAUAAACAGAAGGAACAUGGAUGGAAAUCUGGUCACUAAGAUUUGUAAAGUAAGUUUCGUCUAAAUUGCAAAAAAAACAUACUUCUUGAUAAA